CUUGAAAAGGGACAUUUCAACUUGAACACGCUCUCUAUGACGUCACCAGUCAGUAAAUUAGAAGUUCCAGAAAGGUGGACAGGGUUAUCUGUCGGAGGAACUGCUGACGCUGAAAAGCAAACGGAGCUUCGGAAAAUGUCUUCAUGGACGAGCUCGGAGUCUUCAGCGUCAUCUGUUUCUUCAAUGAAAGUGACAAAGCCCGAAGUCAAAAUUGGCAAGGUUUUGUACAGCAAGUCCAAUGCUUACUCCGUCCUGGAUUUUAUUGGUGAAGGAUGCUAUGGGAAAGUGGCGGUGUGCGAAAAUCUGGAAACGUCUGAGGUGGUAGCCAUCAAGAUCUUGAAAAAUGACCCUACCAUCAAACAGGACACAGAGAAAGAGGUGUCCAUGCUGAAAAUUAUCAGUGUCAAGGAUGCAGAUAGCACCAACGUGGUCAAGUUCUUUGAGCAGUUUGAGCACGAGGGAAACAUCUGUUUGGUGUUUGAGGUAUUGGACUGUGAUCUCAUCUAUCUACUGAAAGAACGACAACGUCAGCCGUUGUCUUUGGAAGAAAUCCGCGUCAUUACCCGUCAGCUCCUUAUGGCUUUGGUCUCCCUGAAACAUCUCGGUAUCUUACAUGCUGACAUUAAACCUGACAAUAUAAUGAUUGUUAAUAGAAAAGAACAGCCCUUGAAGGUGAAACUGAUUGACUUUGGCAAUGCUAUUCCAGCAUCCAAAAUUAAGCUGGGCGUAGAAAUUCAACCAGUGGGAUAUCGAGCUCCAGAAAUUACCCUUGGGCUCCCUUACAAUGAGAACAUAGACGUCUGGAGCGUUGGCUGCAUCAUGGCUUUCCUCUUCCUGCCUGGAAACCUAUUUGCUGUCAACUGUGAAUAUCAAAUGAUGAAGCAUAUCAUCUGCGUUCUGGGCCAGCCAGAGGACCACCUACUUCAAGCUGGGAAAUACACUGAGAACUAUUUCACUAAAGAUGAGGAGGCUGGGGUUUCUCAUUAUCGCCUCAUUACACCUGAAGAAUUUGAAGCGGCAAAUAAUGAGAAACCCAAACAACAGGAUUCUUGCAGAGAGCUUCCCAAACCCCUGGAAGAUAUGAUCGCGUUGCCUCCUGAGGAAGAGAGUACGGAAGGUGAAGUGGAGAACAGGGAGGCUUUCUUAGACCUGCUCAAACAGAUGUUGCAUCUGGACGGGCAGCAGAGAAUCUCUGCUUCGCAAGCAUUACAGCAUCCUUUCAUCACAAUGCCCCAACAGGCCUACAGUGGCCGCUUGAGCCCUCUGAUAGGCAUACGCAUGUCAAACGAUGAACUAAAGAUCCCUCCUUCAGAAGAGAAUGUUGACUUUGAUUCCAAUAAGAGCAUUUUCAAACGGAUUCGGAAAUUCCUACGCCGAAUUUCCGCUGCGUUUUGGCGCAUGGCAACGCUACUGGACUCACUCUAGAUUCCCAAUUAGCAAAUAUUUUCAGUUAGGUGUAUUUGAAAUUGUAUUUUUAUCUCGGGUUGAGCAAAGUGAAAAGUUUGAUUCACGGAAGCCUCUUGACAACUUCUUGUCGUCGUGGAAAUGUAUUCUGCUGGGCUGAGUUUGUGCUGAGUCAUCACAUCACUGUGAGCAAUGUCAAGGACUCGCACUGGCUACUUCCAUCGACAAUAUUGCACGAUUGAAUUGAUAUAUUAUUAUUAUAAGGCAAACCAAUUUCCUCAAGUGUAGAUGUUGUAUGUCUUUGAGGUCAUCUUGAAAGAAUGUGAAAAACUAAAAUCUGGAACGCUCAUCUUUAUUUGUUUGUCGCUUAAAAUUGGAUGAACAGCCUCGGUGCUGUAAAAGGGAUUGAUAAAUCAUUUUGUUUUGCCGUUUGAAUAGAAAAUAUAUCUUAACAAUAUGUAUCUUUGGCACUAUGAGAUAAUAAAUGACCGUCUCAAAUGCUGCAGCUAUUGUGAAAAAGCUCCCCUACUGGUUGAUUUGAGA